GGGAGGGAGGGCAGCACCGUCAAGAGAGAUAGAGACUUGGAGAGAGAGAGAGAGAGAGAGAGAGAGAGAGAGAGAGAGAGAGAGAGAGAGAGAGAGAAGCAGCCGGGAGAUAUCUCAGUGUUGUGGUGUAGACAGGGCAGGGUGGGGAACAAAACUGCCCACAGAGGAACAGCUGGACAGCAACAGGCAAGCGAUAACCUACAACAAAUCAUUCUUUAACAGCUGGACACCAACAGAUAAGAGAUACAACAAAUCAGAAGCAUCCAAAACCUCUACAAUCAGUUUUGCCGUGUGAUUUCCAGGUUCAAGCCUGGUGAAACUCUUUUUACACUCACUUCAAAACUUCAAGCGCCACGCGCCUGUGGUUAGAGUCAACGGUUUUUCAGCCAGCGCCAUGAGGUACAGAGGGCAUCUCCUGGUUUGGGAGUUGCAGCUGCUCCUGCUUGUCUUUGUAGUGGAGUCUGAAGUUUGUCGAGAAGGUUUCAUUGUAGACCGAAGUGGAACAUGUGUUGAGUUUGAUGAGUGCAACACCGUCUCUAACCCUGAUUACCCUGAGUUUGAGGAUCCUCCAAUAUGUGGUGACAAUGCAGACUGCUUUAACACAGUGGGCAGUUAUAACUGCCAGUGUAAAGCUGGAUUCAGACCAUCUAGGGGGAAUAAUAAUUUUACUGCCGAAAGUGGAGUCAAAUGCCAAGAAAUCAACACAUGCUCAGAGAAAAAGAUAAACUGUGGAGCCAAUGCAAAAUGUGAGAACUCCCAAGGCAGUUAUGUUUGUGUUUGUAAGGAAGGAUUUCUCCCAAACAAUGACCCGAGCAUAGAGACCUUUUUAACCGAUCAAGGAGUGACGUGUCAAGACAUCGACGAUUGCAUUCCAGGACCAGGACAAGUAGACUGUGGGAGCCAUGCCAAAUGUGAAAACAAGAUUGGCGGCCAUACUUGCAUCUGUGAUGAUGGGUUUGAGACCAGCAGUGGGCAGCAGGCAUUUACUGAUGCUCAGAGCAGCUGUCAAGACAAGGACGAGUGUGCCCUAAAUACUACAAUCUGUGGACAAAAUGGUGAAUGCAAGAAUACACUUGGCAACUAUCACUGUAGCUGUGACGAGGGCUUUGUUUGGAACAACAACACUGGCCUUUGUGAUGAUAUAGAUGAGUGUAAUCGAAACCCCACAAUUUGCAAUACAAACUCUCAAUGUAUUAACAAUUUGGGGAGCUACAAGUGUACCUGCAAUCCCGGCUACACUGUGAAUGACACAACUAAGCUUUGUGAAGAAGACGUGUGUAAGCUGCGACCUUCCAUCUGUGGAGGAGGAGUCUGUCACCAAGGCAAUAGUGGUCAUGAGUGCUUAUGCCAUGAAGGAUACGCCCACUCUGGCUCCAACCAGGAAGGGUGCACAGCACUAAACUGUUCUAUGUUCCUGGGUGACGUCAAUCAUUGGCAGAGUUUCGGACCUGAGCUGGACGCCGUGCGUAAUCUGCUGUCCAGCCAGUGCGUGAAAAGUGCUGAGGGAAAGGCCUUGGGGCAGACUGAAGAACUGGACGCAGAAGCCCUGCUAAUGAAACUCCUGUCCCUAAUAGAUGACCUAUUGUCCAAAGGACCACUCAGUAGCAGCGAACAGGUCAAUGUCUUGUUGUCCACCGUCGAGCAAGCCCUAAAACUGCUCGGACCUCUACUGAAGAACGCUCGGACCAAGAAGUCAAGUAUCUAUGCUGAGGUGGAGUUGCAUCUGGAGAGAGGGAGUGCUCCCCCUGCAGGAGUGGUGAGUCUGUCCUCUGAGAGCGGCCAGCUGGACACACACUGGGACACUGUGGCCGGAGACGCCUUCCCUGGAUUUGCCAGUGUUGUCUUGCUGACGUACAAAAACCUGGAGAAGUCCACGAAUAGCUACUUCAGCAACGUGGCUUCAGAGGCCAACCAACGCUUCCAGAUGGACUCCAAAGUAGUGACCGCAGCGGUCAGCAACAAGGACACGGCCCAGCUGAAGAAGAACGUCACGCUCACCUUCCACCAUCUCACUUCAGGGGAGGUACAGAGGCGUUGCGUUUACUGGGACCAUGGUAACAGCGUGUGGUCUGAGCGAGGCUGUACCAUGGUGAUGUCGGACGCCAACCAUUCCAUCUGUUCAUGCAGUCAUCUCAGCAGCUUCGCCGUGCUCAUGGCACUCUACGAGGUCGAGGACACCAUUGAGUUGCUGUUGAUAACGUGGGUUGGCCUGUCUCUGUCUCUGGUGUGCCUGCUGGCGUGCGUGUUGACCUUCGCCCUCUGCCGCUCCAUCCACAGCACGCGCACCACCAUCCACCUCCACCUCAGCCUCUCUCUCUUCAUCGCCUCCCUCAUCUUCCUCGCCGGCAUCUCCCGCACGGAGAACCAGGUGGGCUGCGCUGUGGUAGCUGGUCUCCUCCACUUCUUCUACCUGGCGGCGUUCUGCUGGAUGCUUCUAGAAGGGGUGCAGCUGUUCCGCAUGGUGGUGCUGGUGUUCCACACCACGCUCCGCCCCCUCUACAUGGUUGCCACGGGAUACGGAGUGCCCGCCGCCGUGGUGGCAUUGUCGGCCAUCUUCAACGCCAAGGGAUACGGCUCCAAGCGCCUGUGCUGGUUUGAUGUGACUCGAGAUGCCUUCAUUUGGAGUUUCCUGGGUCCCGUGUGUCUCAUCAUUGCUGUCAGUGUCUUCUUCUUCCUGAUAACUGUCUACAAGCUGGCGGAGAAGUUCUCUAGUCUCAACCCUGAUCUCAACAACUUGCGCAAAAUCAAGACAUUUACCAUCACUGCAGUUGCUCAGCUGACGGUGCUGGGCACCAUGUGGAUAUUCGGCUGUUUCCAGUUCAACAAGAACACCAUGGCCAUGUCCUACAUCUUCACCAUCCUCAACUGCCUGCAGGGCGUCAUGAUGUUCCUCAUGCACUGCCUGCUCAAUAAACAAGUGAGGGAGGAAUAUGGCAAACUCCUGUCCUGCAUCUGCGCUCCACACAAGUCCAAAUACUCCGAUUUCACCUCCUCCAACCAGUCGAAGUCUCAACUGUCCAAAAGUGCCCAGAACACCGGGGAGUCCCAUAUCUGAGAUCUGCAGUCACGCACGUCGGCUUGACCCCUCUUCCCCUGAUCUACGUCGGCUUGACAGAUCCUUUUAGGUUAUUUUGUUUUGUGCUGCAUCUGUGUCACUGAUGUGCACGCAAUUUCGGCCUUCUUCGAUGGAGUACUCUCCCAUAGGAAAAAGAUGUGUAAAAACGUAUAUGGCUACACAAAUAUUAUGAAAUCGUAUAUAGUAUAAACAAUGGGCCAGUUUUGUAGUGUGUACCAUAUACUGUAAGUAAACGCGUAUUCAGUGUUGAUAUAUGUUGCAGUGCAUGGAAGGUGUGCUCACUCAGUAUGUAUGAGGAAAAAUGAGGAAUGGGUCUCUUUCAUAGUUUCUGCCAUAUGAAUUUUGUAUUGUCUAGACCAUAUUUGAAAAACUGAAAGAAAAGUCUGUGACACCAAGCUGCCCUUCAUCACGUCUGAUGAAGGGCAUGCUGCCCGAAACGUCACAUUAAAAAAGAGCAACGGGAGCUUGGUGUCUCGGACUUUUCUUUCAGUUUUUCAUGGUAUUUUUGCUGGUCCUGCACCCAAUCUUUUUGAGACGGACGUGCGUGUUUUUUUUCUUUUUAACUACUAAACCAUAUUUGAACCAUUUUGUAAGUUUUAUCUGUAUAUUUUUCAUAUGGUCUUGCCGUAGUUCUUUGCAGUGGAAGAGAUGUAAACUUUCAUCAGAAGCUUGCGGUUACUGUUGAUUGCUUGUGAGGCGUGUGAAAUGUCUGCUGCUGAUGGUUGUUUGUAAGAUGUCAGCCAAUGGUAAAGAUUGUGUGUUUCUGGGUUUGGUGACUUGACAAUCUGCUGUGUGUGUGUGUGUGUGUGUGUGCAUGCGUGUGCGCGUGUUUGUUGUGGUGGAUGGGUUGGAUGGCUUUAAGAAAAAAAGAAAAAGAAAAAAAAAACUUGGUCCAAGUAAGAUUUCCUUUUUUAUUAUGUAUUAAGUAUUUAUUCUGUUGCUGAAGUGUGUGUGUGUGUGUGUGUGUGUGUGUGUGUGUGUGUGUGUGUGUGUGUGUGUGUGUGUGUGUGUGUGUGUGUGUGUGUGUGUGUGUGUGUGUGUGUGUGUGUGUCUUUUCAGAGUAUCUUUGCAGUAGAUCUGUAAUGCUGUAUAAUUUCUUUUGACCUCUGAGCUCAGUAUGUUGAUUUGUUUAUUUCAUGUCAAUUUUAAAAAAUUAUCUGCUGCUUUUAAAUGUAUGUAUAUACAGUAUAAGCUCUUAAAAAUAAAUUGAGCAUUUUUAUGAAUAAACAUAGAGAGGACUGGGUGUCUGAUUGUACCAAAUGUCUACUCUACGUGCUGUGAUUUAAGUCAUCAAGUUUAUCUUUUAUUGUGUACUUGUAGACGCUUUGUCUAAAUUGAUAGUCACAGCCAAAACUGAGAUAUGUACCCAUGACCGGUGUUGGGCAACCUGGAUUCAUUAGUGUAGCCCCUUAAUGCAUGCCGUACCUCCAGUGGCACGCUGUAAUAGUCAUUGAAAAGUUAUUAACAUAGUACUACAAUACUAUGACAUAACACAGGGCCUUUAGUAAUGCACUAUGACUUGGUCAUUGCCAUUCUGGUAACAGCUAAUGUAUAAUGGUGUGUCUUAAUGGGUUAAAGUCCAGUGGCACAUUUUUCAAAAGACCUGCUGCUACCUGUCCGAUUUCACUAGGUGAUUGCCUGGUUUAAUGAUCACCUGGUGGAAUUGAUGCAGGUAAAAGUAGUUCAGAGAAGAGGCCGCACCCUGCACGCACAAUGUGUUUUUCUGAAAACUGAGUAGAACAUUUGGGCCAUCGCACUCACAGUCGACAUAUCUAGUGAAGCCUGCUUCAAGUUGAACAGGUACUGGCAGGCCAUAUGGGCUAGGGGGCACUGGAUUGUAAACUGAUGACUCCACGUUGCCCAUCACUGUCUGUGAAAGAGGGCUUGGCAAUGAUGGUAUUGAGAUCGCCCC